GUUCAAAUCAAACUUCCUCGAUGUGGCCCCAUCGAGUAUGAAAAAUAGGACCGAAUAUUUGGUAAAGUAUUCUGUUGCACCUCCACCCAGCAGAGAUUAUUACGGUCUGAAAAUUUUUGAAGACGAGGUAAUUCUGUAUUUAUGGAAAAUUUCUCACGGACCUCAUAAAGCACCAAUUGUGUAUCGUGCCAAGCUUAUCAGAUUUGAUCAGGAAAAAUCUUUGCAGAACGAAAUACGUCGCGGAUUUGGUAAAUAUUUAUUAAAACACGUGAAAAAUAUUGCUGAAGGAAAUAGAAAUACUCUUUUAACUUUACCAAAUUCCGUGAUCGGAGAAAUAUCAAAAUAUUUGGAGUUCACAGAUGUACUUAAAUUAUCUUUAUUAUCACAUAUUGCUUAUGAGGUAUUCAAUACUGAUUUAGUUUGGCAGAUACUUUAUACGAGAGAUAAAAAAGCCAAUUUAGAAGAAAAAAAAAAGGUUAUAAUCUGUGGUUGGAAGCAAUUAUAUAAAGAUAAAGAAAUGCAGGCAUUAAUCAAAAAUCAAAAGAAUCAUCAAAUUUCGUCAUUAAUUACAAAUCAUGCAAAAACUAAUAAAUUAUUAAUAAAACCUAUCAGCGAUGCACCAAAAUCUAUCUCGUACAAAACAUCAACGACAAAGAAAUGUUCAGAAUCUUCGAAGACGGAGCUUGUAACAACCCCACUUUCUAAAACGAUAUCUGAUAUCCAAUUUCGCACGUAUACAAAGAAUGAAAAACCGUUUCUGCAAAAUAAAGAUAUAAAAAAUACUAAUUCUACAUUCAACAUAAAUGACAAAAAUGUCAAAACAGAUCCUAUUACGUCAAAAACGAUAACAAAGCAAGCAAUUAGAAGUGUUUCUAAACGUAACGAAAUAUCUGACAAACAAAUAAAUCAAACAAUAAAAUCGGAAAAAUGCUCAAAUAAAAUCAACACGAAAUCAACGACAUCAGUACAAGAAAAAAAUAUCAAAUCAUCCUCGGUUCCAAAACAAAAUUUGCGUAAUAAAACUCAAUUACAGACAAAGGGCAAGCCUAAGAAAAAAGUAAUUGCAACAAAAUCUGAAAUAUUUAACAAUGAUGAGUUAUCCGAGAAUCCUUUUAUAAUCAAAGAUGACAAAAUCGAUCUAGCUGAUUUAAUCGAAGCAAGUUCGAAAAACAUUCAAAGUCCGCGAAGCAUAUUUGAUUAUGAUUUCAGUUGCGUAGAACAGUCAAAUAGAUUAAAUAGAACAAAGGACAUUUUAGGUAUUAGAAAUGAAAUUCAGAAUAUUGAUAAAUCGAAACAAUUGAAAUCUACCAAAAGUAGUGUCAUCACAAAUAAUUUUUCUCAUAAAAUAAUUCGGGGUGAUGGAAUUAUGGAAAAGCUUUGGGAGAAAUCUGAGACGUUUAGUAAAACAUCCAAUGACUCUCUUAUAAAUGAUAAAAAACUUUUAUCAGGAGGAGAUGAUAAAUCUUUUUCACUUUCUGAGAAGUAUAUGAAAGCCCGAGAAGAACUUCAAAAAUCUUUAGAUUGGAAUCGAAGCGAUUCAGCAUCUUCUCAAAAUCGAUGGGAUCCAAAUAUAAAUUUUCAAAAUAAAUCUUUCAUAAGUUCUACAAAAGUUGAUAAUAAUGAGAAAAUCCCAAUUCCUGAGAGGUCAUUAAAAACUUCUUUUCUAAAACCAUACUCUUUAAGCGAUUUGGAGAAAGAAAUAAAGUUCUAA